CCGAUUGAGAUUUCAAGUAAAGCCGUUCACAAGAAAUUCAAAUUCACGGACUUCCUUUUCAAUAUGGAGCUAAACGUGCAACAUCAAGACCAAGACGACAAAAAGUCUAACCACUCGGAGCAGAAUCCAACCCACGACUGUGUGUUUGGUGAACUCACCGAAGAGGGACCUAACUACCGCAAUGUAGGAUUUGUGGGAACAGUUGUUCUCAUGAUGAAGACUCAAAUCGGUCUAGGGGUGCUCGCAGUUCCAACUGCCUUCGACACUUUGGGUAUCGUCCCUGGUGUGAUCUGUCUCAGCCUCGUUGCUUGCAUCAUUACUUGGUCCAACUGUGUAAUUGGGACAUUCAAGCUGAAUCAUCCUGAGAUAUAUAGUAUUGAUGAUGCUGGUGCGCUGAUAUUUGGAAGGAUUGGCCGUGGAGUCCUAUCGGUGGCCUUCUGCCUCUAUUGGAUCUUUGUUGUUGGCUCUGGAGCUCUUGUGAUGAUCAUUGUCAUUGCCGUUGGCAUUCAAGACCGUCCCGCCUCCGCGCCGUUAACCGAUACACCUUGGGUCUCCGAUUAUCAGAUCAUCGCUCAUCCAUCGUUCACGCAGGGCAUUGCUGCCGUCUCCAAGAUUGUGUUUGCGCUCUCGGGGACUCCUGGGUUCUUCGCAAUCGUUUCUGAAAUGCGUGACCCACGGAAAUAUACCCAGGCUGUGCUCAUCUGUCAGGUCACAGUCACAGCCGUCUUCAUGACUAUUGGCUGUGUCGUAUACUAUUACUGUGGAUCCUAUGUGGCCUCUCCGGCGCUUGGCUCAGCUGGUGGUAUUAUCAAAAAGAUCUCCUACGGUUUUGCAAUGCCAGGACUGAUCGUCACGACAACAAUCUGUACACAUGUAACAAAACACUCCUCUCUCAAUUCUUUGCCACGAUCACUUUGA